CAUGUGUACCACAGGUUUACAGUAAACGCCGGUAACCGAGGUUUCACGAAGGGGACCGGAAAUCAACGAAUCCAGUUUACCCUCCGUUGCGGAUCUCAUGUCACCCCACCACAUCCAGUCGUGCUGCGAGCACCGCGCAGCUAACUUCGGUAAGUCUUUCGGGGGUUUUGAUAUUUACGUACCUUCGUUCGUUCGACUGCCAUUGUAAUAUACGCGUGAGUCGCACACGCCAAUUUCCGAUAUUAUCAAUUGAUCGUCCCAAAUCAUCGACCGAUCUCAACACGUGCGAUCCGCCCGCUCUAUGUCCGUGGUAAAAUUUGCGACGCAUACCUAGCUGCUGAGUGCGUGAAAACAUUAUCAAAAGUUACGUCCAUCCGCAUUCGUAUCGAACGAAUUUCGCGCCCAUUCGGGAUUCGUUGAUUCUCAUCGGAAAGAAUAAUUUAUUCGUCCCUUUUCUUUCGUUCAUUUACUUUGCUUCAUAAUUUCAAUUUGUUUAUCACAUCCUUCCCCUUUUCAAAGUUACCCUCCGAUUUGCUUUGCGUUAUGAUAUUUAUUGUGCGCGGCUGAUGUCGGCGACGACGAUGACGAUGACGAGUCAGUGAUGAUCAUACCAGUGAUGAACGUCGGUGAAAUAAUUAAUCUGAUUUUUGUAGAAUAAAGAAAAAAAAAAAAACAAAAAAAAUCUACCUGAAGUGAAAAAGGUUCGGAGUAACACUGAUAUUGACAUGCGUUCGAAGAGGAUGUUAUCAGGGGGUUGUUUUCAUUGAUAAUUUGUUGAAUAGUGUAACGGUAAAGGUCGAAUAUAAGGGAGAGUUUCAUGUCAUCGAGUGUCGGGUAGUAAAGUUUCGGAUCGAAAAAUGGAAUCUGACAUAAACUGGCCGCGUAAGGGCCUUGAGGCUACGGUGCCAAAAAAAUUUCGGAAAGGUAUUAGCGGUCGGGUGGAAAGCAAUGGAUUUACGUGGUUUAUGUGCACCCUGUGCUUGGCCAGUCUUACCAUUUCCGGGAUUUUAACAUACCGGGAAUUUCGUCUCGAGGCGAGACUCGCAAGUUUGGAGGCGCGAUGCGGCACCGUUCAACAACAGCGGCAACAGCAGCACGACGAUCACCACCAACAGAUCCAGCAGGAGUCGCAGGACGUUCUGAUACAGAGGCUCCGGCGAGAGAUAGAGGAUAAACUCGACUACCGCAGGGUUCAGCCGGAAUCGACGGCGGUUUUCAGGAUCAAACGCGACUCGCAGGAUAGCUGCAACUGCCCAGCAGGUCCAGCAGGUCCUCCGGGACCGACCGGGAAACGAGGCAAAAAAGGGAAAAAAGGUGACCCAGGGGAACCAGGUGCGCCGGGAGUGACCGGGCCGCCGGGCAAGAAUGGUUUUCCGGGCAUCAAAGGCGACAGGGGUGACCGUGGGAUUAUGGGUCUGAGCGGACGCGCCGGUUAUCCCGGUUUUCCGGGUCCCAUAGGCUUGGAUGGGCCGAAAGGAGAUCCGGGUAGACCUGGUGACAAAGGACAAAAAGGAGAUUUGGGAAAUCCCGGAUUCGACGUAUUCUCCGCUGUAAAGGUGAAUGCACAGGGAUUGGGGUUAAAGAGGUCGGUGACGACGCUACGCGGAGGGACCCUUGGCUAUGCAGAAAUCGUCGCCCUGAAGGGACUUCAAGAAAGAGGGCAUAAUAUCUCCACGCAGACCAUCAUACAGCUCAAAGGUGAGCCGGGUGAACCGGGUCCACCGGGACCACCGGGUCCUACAGGAUCAGAAGGACUCCCGGGUCACAAUGGAAGACAAGGAAUUCCGGGCGAAGUUGGUCCACCGGGUGAAAAAGGUAUUCAGGGACCGAUUGGACCGAUCGGUCCUACAGGACCUCCAGGAGCUUCCGGACCCAAGGGUGACAGGGGUGACAAGGGAGAUCGGGGAUUAACGACAAAGUUAAAUGGCGAUCAGUUCCCAACUGGAAUCAUCGAAGGUCCACCAGGUCCAGCAGGACCUCCCGGGGCCCAAGGCGAGAAGGGAGAAUUGGGCCCGACCGGGCCCCCAGGCAUACCCGGCGAGAAAGGCCCCCGUGGGAAACGCGGCAAGCGGGGUUUCAAAGGCGAGAACUCGGAGGUGAUCGCAAGGGGUUUUCCCGGUGAACCGGGACGCCCGGGACCAAAAGGCGAGAUGGGAGAACGCGGGUACCGCGGCGAGAAGGGUUUCAAGGGCGAUAAUGCCCCACCAGGUUCGAGGGGUGACCCUGGCCCUCAAGGUCCUCCUGGUAUGGACGGCGUUAAUGGCGAGCCUGGAAUUCAAGGACCCCCCGGAAUGCCGGGGCUUUCUGGACCAAAAGGUGAGAAAGGCGAGUACGGUGACAUCGGACCACCCGGUCUCAUGGGGCCACCUGGUUUGCCUGGCCCUCCGGGUUACCCCGGUCAGAAGGGUGAGAAAGGAGAAAAGGGUGAAUCGAAGUACAAAAAAUUGAGGAGAAGACAGUUUUCGCCACAGGGUGAUGGCACCUUUGAAGUAAACGCCGGUGAAGUGAUAAUGGGUCCACCUGGACCUCCUGGGCCAGCUGGAAAUCCGGGACUGCAGGGGCCACCCGGAAUCAAAGGAGAUCGAGGACACGACGGAGCCAAGGGCGACCCUGGCGAAAAAGGAACGAAAGGAGAUCCAGGCCCAAUGGGACUUCCCGGUCCCAUGGGAUUGAGAGGAGAAUCUGGAAGACCCGGAGACACCGGUAAACCCGGGAGCAUGGUUGGCGCGUGGGGAUCGAUCUAGUUGACUAACGACUAACACAAAUCUAUGAACAAAAGGUCAACACUAAAAUGACCCCUACGACCUACUGCACACCAUGCGCGGGACUCCCAGACACGCACACAACCUCGUCUAUAGCUUCUUCUUCAUGCGAUUUUAAUAUUAUUAUUAUUAUUAUACCUAAUUGCAUAUUUAUAUGUUCUUUUCCUCAUUCGUUCAUUUUUGGAUAAAUCGUUCUUCGUUCAAAAUGCUCGCAUAUAAUUUUAUCCUGCAGCUAUAAACUAUUAUUAAAUUAUUACCUGUACAACACAGAUUUACUGUGCAAAAUCGAGUUAUUGUACGUAUCUACAAUUAACGAUGAAUUUUGUCGCGGAUAACUAGUUUUGAUGUACCAUAAAAUUAUUCAAAUUUAUUUUCGUCGAUAAGGAUUAUAUAAAGAGAUUAUUUAUAUUAUACGAUAUAUUCUUUUUUUUUUCUUAAUCUUUAAGACCUGUACGAUGCGAAAUACAUCCGACAAUUAGUGAGCCUUGCCCUCGAGUACUUAAUUACAUCGCCGAAAUUAUUAUAGUUUUUAACUAUUUUUAACGUAUUUAGAUAGUUAAAGGCUACUCUGAAUAUCGUUGGUCGAAUUCGUAAAGCAACAAAUUUUUAUUAACAUCACCAAAACUGAUGUUUCAGAAUAAAAAAAAAAUCUUACAUCCAUCUCAUUGGUUCACGAACAGUAAUCAUUUCGUAGUUACAAAAAGUCACAGAAUUUUCUUCCUUUUAGGAAAUGGUGAUGAUUUUUUUUUUCUAAAAUCUAUUCCUUUAUUGUGCUGCAGUUUAAAAUAAAAAGAAACUAGAAAGUUAGGAAUUAACUUGUGGUUAUUAAAAUACACAUAUACAUAUAUAUUAUUAUUACAUUUAGAUAUUGCGCAAGUGUAUAAUUUUUGCACAUUUGUAUCAUUCUUUUGGUAUAUGUACGAUAAUCUGCUAGGCUAAAUUAGAUAGCUAAAUCGAUUGAGACUGUUCGUUUUUAAUAGAAGAAAGUCGGGUUCUAUUAAAAAACAAAAAUUCAAUGCCAGUUGAAUAGAAAAGCAAAUGUGGACCGAGUUUCGUAGCCUUCGACGAUUUGAAUACUCGAAGGUUUAUACAGUAUGCAAAAGAAGAAAGAAAAAAAAAAUGCUUCAAUUUUUCUAUAUUGGAACGAUUGAGCUCCCGAAUACAUGAAUUUCUCAUUCUCCUCGGUUAUUAUUAAAAUUCUCGUCGCGAAAUGAGUAAACUCGGUUAAAAUUAAACAGAAUUUUAUCUGGACAGAAGGUAACAAAAAUUUUUUAAUGUUCGGAAAACCUGAAUAAAUUUGAUCUCACAAAAGCGCGACAUUGUAUUAAUUAAAAAUUGUGAUCCAUAUUGAUCAAGGUUUUUGGUACAGAGUUCCCAUCGUUAUUAUUUUACACUUCAACUAUUAUACCCACGUAUCGUGCAAUUUGAAACGUACUUAAACACGUAUUUCGUGAAAUUUAUUCCAUCUAGUUAACGGAUUAUCGAUCAAUAAAUUUUGAACGGAAUAAAUUCAUCCGGUAAUCAUUGUUAAUUUUGAAUAGGAAUAAACGACCAACGUCAGUUACACUUGGAUAAAUACACUUGUACAUAUACGUACAGAAUUACGAUGCCUGUUUCUCUUCAUUCUUUUCUUUUCCAAUGCUAAAAAUUUUUGAGAAUUCGUAUAUACGCAUCAAUAAUAAUAGGUAAAAAUUGAAAUUUAUUUUCCUGAUCCACUUUCAAUGAUCAUGUAAAUAUAAAUGUCUCUAUAACAGAAAAAAUAAAAUACCUAAUAUUAAUACUAACGAUGAUGAUAAUAAUGUUAACAAUUAUUAUGAAAUAAUUAACGGCAUGAUAACUAAUUACUCGUUAACGUACGACGAAUUUUAUAAGUGUCCUGCAUCGUCCGAAAUUAUUUAAUACGCAUAUAUCGGAUAUAAAUUGCCAAUCAGCUGUAUUGUAUAUAGUUUGAAAAAAAAAAAAAUGUCCAUUUUUUUGUCUUUAAUUUUCCGCGUACGCUUGGGAUACAUAGUAAUAAUCCAGUAGUCCGUCCGAUAUUCGUUCAUAAUUCAGAAACGAAUGAAAUGUUGAUUCGCGGCUGCUGAUCAUGUAGAUUGACGGCGGUAAUAAUAUUGUAAAGUCACAGGAAUAAUAUUCCAGGUAUACCAUUUAAAAUUUGCUCGUUUUGAAAUUUCACGUAUCGAUGAUAACAUCAUAUCAUUCAACAUCACGUCAUAUCACAUUUUAUCACACUACCAUAUCAUUCUAGUGACUCGUGAGUAUCAUUACGAACAAUAAUGAUCACCGCGUCAUUCAUUUCUACCUCCGACUCAUUUCAUAUCGAUAUAGUUCUUCGAUUUCACGACGAUGCAAAUUACAUGAUAAAAACUCGGACAGUUUCGAACUACACAUAAUCAGCUGUUAGCUAUAAGCAUUCGGUUUAUGUAAAUUCAGCUUUGGAUCGAUCGAUCAAUGAUAAAUAUUUAUUACGCGAGUCACAGCUGAUUCCGAUACACGUAUACAAAAUUCUGAACGGAAAAAAUUUUAUAACGUACCGAACAGUUGAAUUCUGAAUUUAAAUUUCUCGUAUGAAAUAUUGAUAUGAAAAAGAAAAAUUACCGCAUCACGAAAUCUUUCAUCCCUGCUACGGUUGAAGAGUUUGACAACUUUCAUAAUGGAAAUCCAAUUACAUACAACGACACACGUAAAUUUUUCCAUCUGAAUUAGUUAAUUUGGAUCUAAACUGAUUGUUGUAAAAAAAAAAAAAAAAAAAUUUUCAAUGAAACUAAAAAAAAAAGGUUUAUAACGAUAUCAAAAUGGAAUUGUAAAGGAAGGAUCAUACCGAAGCGAUGAUUUUUCCAUCGUGAAAUCCAUACGUAUUGUAUGUAGAAUCAAACUUCAGAGAUUGUCUUGUAAGUAUUGCCAACGUCAUUGGGCCUAUCAUAUACCGAUCAAAUUAUCAUACAAUUGUUCUCGUAAUUAAUCAUUCCAAACGCCUAUGACAAUGAAAAUACAAAGAUCAUCCUAGGCGAGCAAAAAAAAGUGUGGCGUGUCAUUCUACAAGAAAAUCUCUGCAAUACGAUAUCAGCAUAACGUGAAUAACCAGUCAAAUGCUGAUUGUGUUCUGAUAUAUGCAUAAUUAUUAAAAUACCUAUAUAAAUAAA